CCUUAAAUUGUCAAGGCUGAAGAUCAGUCAUAAGUCACACGUCAUUUUCUCCUCUUCCUAGUUCUCACCAAGAAAUCUGCUGACAAAGGACUGUAGAUCAUCUUCCGAUUCAAAGAAGAGAAUUAAGUGAUCUGAACGAAGAUGGCUUCAUUUGAUGGAAUCCUAACCUCUCUCUCAGCGGACUUCAUGUUCAGGGACAUUCUGUUGGCCAAGACCAAGGAAGAGCCCAACGGCAAAAUGUUCUCCUGUUUCAGCUGCGCACUGGAGAACCUCCAGAAGGAGCCGUCAUGUGUGAGAAGCAAUGCCCAUCUCACCGUUUCUGAUGGGCGCACUGUGAAGGAGUUCACCUCGGGCGACGGUUCAUGCGCAGUCACAGUCUUCCACAAUCAAGGCAAAGUGCACUACAAUGUCUUUGUACCCAACUGGGACCUCUAUUUUUCUCGUCUGUGCUCUAAUCCACAGCCUCUCAGCCUUAGUAAUAUCCUUAGCAUCCGUAGUCAUCUACAUAACUGGGGUUCCUUUAGGAAAGGGUUUUCUCCUUUGGCCUGCUUUGACCUAGCAGUGGAAAAAUUCUGCAUGGAGCCCGAUACCAUCCAGAAGGACGCUGAGAUGCUGGUGGAAUGCGGUGGGAGGGUGGUGAGGUUUGUCUCCGGCCAGGAAAUCUAUAAGAUUUCGGUUUUCUUUAAACAAGGCGAGGCCAAAUAUGAAGUCCAGGUAGACAACUGGGAUGUGGUCAUGGAGCGUUUGCAGACUGGGGUGGAGGCGCUAAGCUUGGAGAACAUGUUGUGUGUGAAGAACAGGCUGAAACUCCAGAAAUGGCGGGAGCUAAGGUCUUGCCUGGAUGAGGCCGUUAGUCGGUUCUCCCAGGAACCCCGUUGCGUUCAGGAUAAUGCCAAAAUGUUGAUUACGACCAGUAAUGAGAAGAUUGUGCUGAUCUCUGGGAAAGGGGAGAACCUCAUCGCAGUGACAUAUGGGUAUGGAAGGGUUGACUACAAGUUGGUAGAACGAGGCUGGUGGGAGGUGGCUGCCAGGGUCCUCCAAAAGAAAGAGACACAUAAAACAGAACUUUUUUGAAAGACCGGUUCCACCAAACGCUUGCUAAAAAUAAAAAUAUGGAGGGCAGCAUCAUGGUGAUAAGCUUUGCCCCUGACUUGGGUGUAUUCAU